AUGGGCCCCAAGGAUACUUUCUUCCGCUCGGUAGAUAUGAGCUUAAUCCAGCUCUAUAUCGCCAACGAAAACGGACGUGAAGUUGUCAGGGCUCUAGGUGAACUUGGUCAAGUCCAGUUUAAGGAUCUCAACCAGGAUACGAAUGCCCUCAGAAGAACUUUCACUGGAGAGAUUUCCCGCCUGGAUAAUGUGGAGAGGCAACUGCGCUACUUUCGUUCCCAGCUGGACAAAGCAUCUAUUUUGAUACCAACUUUAUCUGAAUACUCCGACACAAUGGCAGAUAACUUGACAUUGGAGAUCGACGAGCUUGCCGAACACAUUGGGUGUCUAGAGCAGCAAAUUUCUUUUCUGAACGAUACCUACGAGACCAUAAUGCAGCGUGUGUUGGAGCUGACCGAAUGGCGCUGGGUGCUAUUAGAGGCUGGCAGAUACUUUGACCAUGCUCACGGCCCAAGGGAAGAGAUUCGCCAGUCGCUUAAUAAUAAUGAAACGCCUUCCCUUCACGACGUUGAACAACAGGCUGGCCUGGGUAAUGAUACUCUGGGGCAGCGGGGAUUCCAGGCUAUGAGCAUUGGGAUCAUUGCUGGAGUUAUACCACGAGUUAGGAUGGGACUGUUACAACGCAUCCUUUGGCGAACAUUGCGUGGUAACCUUUACAUGAAUCAGUCUGAUAUCCCCGAACCUAUUAUCGAUCCAACCAGCAAUGAGGAGAUCCUCAAGAAUGUUUUUAUAAUCCUUGGGCAUGGAAAAGACAUUAUGGUGAGGAUCAGAAGUAUUUCUAAAUCCCUCGGUGCUUCUCUGUAUAGCUUCGAUAAGGACUGCCGGCUAAGGAUGCGACGAAUGCAUGACGUGAGCAUCCGGCGGAAUGAUGUGAGGAAUGUGGUGCAAAAGAUAAAAUUCAAACUUCAUGCAAAACUCACGCAGGUUGCCCCCGCUCUAGCGGCUUGGGUGACUAUUAUCAAGAAGGAGAAGGCUAUUUACGGCACACUAAAUGAAUUUUCCUAUGACCAGGCGAGGAGCAUACACGUCGCGGAAGCAUGGUGCCCUACCAGCUCCCUUCCAUUGAUCAAGACGACUUUGGGGGAUAUUAAUGGCCGCGCCGGAGUGACCGUGCCCACCAUUGUUAAUCAGAUCUGGACGAAUAAGACACCGCCCACCUUUGUCAGAACGAAUAAGUUCACCAAAUGUUUCCAGACAAUUGUCGACGCAUAUGGUAUUCCAAAAUAUUCGGAAUCCAAUCCUGGAUUAUAUAUGGUUGUUACUUUCCCCUUCAUUUUUGCUGUCAUGUUUGGUGACUUUGGCCACGGUGCAUUAAUAACUAUGGUUGCUACUGUUUUGAUCUAUUGGGAGACGAAGCUGGGAAGCACAAAGCUUGAAGAGAUGAUUGAGAUGGCUUUCUUGGGUCGCUACAUCAUGCUGAUGAUGGGUUUAUUCUCCAUGUACACUGGUCUAAUCUACUGUGAUAUUUUCUCUAGGUCGUUCACCAUCUUUCAGAGCCAGUGGAAGUGGCCUGACAACAUUCGGCAAGGCCAGACAGUCAAGGCCUCACUAAGGGACGGCUAUCGUUUCCCGUUUGGAGUGGACUGGAACUGGCAUGAUGCCGAGAAUACCCUCCUUUUCACUAACAGUUUGAAAAUGAAGAUGAGUAUUCUCAUAGGUUGGGCACAUAUGACAUAUGCCCUCUGCUUGCAAUAUGCCAACGCCCGGCAUUUCCAGUGCAAGGCCGACAUUUUAGGUAAUUUUAUCCCGCAAAUGAUUUUCUUUCAGUCAAUUUUUGGCUACCUUGCCUUUGCGAUUAUCUAUAAGUGGUCUAUUGAUUGGGAGUGUCGUGGCCAGUCCCCACCAAGUCUUCUGAAUAUGUUGAUCUCUUAUUUUUUGUCCCCUGGCGAGGUUCAAGAACAACUCUAUCCCGGUCAGGCAGUCGUACAGGUUAUCCUAUUGUUGCUUGCUGUUACUCAAAUACCUAUCAUGCUUUUGUUCAAGCCAUUUUACCUCCGCUGGGAAUACAACCGUGCCACAACGAGUAUGAGUAGAACCGCAUCUGGCCGUCCUCCGCCAGCUGCAGCGAACCAAACCGGUCGCUUAACGAGUCUAGCCCUGCAGAGUAGUCGAUUUGCGCAGCCGCGGGAGAGUAGACUUCCCUUUCGAUGGAAGUUGAAGCUCGCUCGAAUCUAUUCUGCGGCAUGGACGUGGAGCGGGGGGUGGGAUAUGGGUCGGGCUGCUGUGGUAGCUCGAUACUAUUGCUCACGAGUGCCGAUUCGAGCGACUGGAUGUAUUGCUCGAGGCGGGCAUAUCGUUCUCGCGAUGGCACUGUACGCUUAUCGAAAUCAAACUAGGAUAGCGAGAUAG